AGAGAUACCAUCCUUGACGUGUGCGUGCUGCUGAUGUCUGCGAGCACCCAGCUGCUGGUUUCCGUCCUCCGUACAACCGCCGGGCGCCGGCUCUGCAGCGGCUGGCUGCCCGCGCCGCCGCAUCCCGCCGUCCCUUCUCAAGUAAUUCGGCUCUUCGCCCACCGGAUCCCGUCCCUGCCAAGCCGUCCGCCCGCCGGAUCCCGUUCCUCCGUUAGCUCAUAGCUCCACUAGUUUACCAAGAUGAGCUCAUCCUAUGAAGCUAAGGUGUAUUAUCGCCGGAUGGGAAAUAUGGUGUGGCAUUUAGAAAAUGCAACAUCAAUAACCUCCAAGCAUCAUCUAAGUGAUUUGUGGAAGAGCCCAAGGGGGACACUGCUUCGUAUCCAAGUGUUGGCAAUUGUGGCCAUCAUCAUCACUUUCUUCCUUAUUGCCUUUGGGUCGUGCCGCCGUUGGUCCAAUCGCUGGAUAGUCCAGAAGGGCUUCUUUGCUGCACAGGUGUUAUCUCUGUCUCUUGGAACCUACAGCAUUGGUAUAAUGCAAUCUUCAUCGGUGAAGAGCGAGGUGUAUCCCAUAUGGACUGUGUCCUUGUUCACCAUCUUUGGCUGCAUUGAUCCAGUAACCAGCUACAACGGCCUUGACUACAAGGGCCCACUCUCAAAGGUGGUAUAUGGGAUUUGCCUCCACUGCGGAUAUGUCCUGCUGAUGAGUAUCUCAGCCAUCUCCAGUAUUGUUGGGAACACGGCCAUCGGCGUGCUAGCUGCCGUCACUUUCAUCAAAGGCUUUCAUAUGUCAUUGGCCCUUAUGCAACAAAGCAGAAUGCGAAACAUGGUACAACAGUUAGAUGAGCGAUAUGACUCUGGAGAAACAUUGGCUUUAAGAUACGAUUAUUCCACCGAUCCAGCAAGUUUAUUAGAUGUGCCACGAACUGAAUUUACUGUCGAUUAUCCAUCUGGCACGGACACUGCCUAUGUUCGUUUAAGUGACGUAAAUGACUUACUAAGGGAAAAGAAGGAUGAGUUACAAUCCUGUUAUGAUGCAUGUGUUGCCUACUGUCUGUCUCAUAGAUUGCAACGAUAUUUUCUUGGGUUGAACAGUCGUAAGGUUGAUCCACGAACACCGGAGGGCAUCGACUACAAGUGGGCAUUGAAGGUGAUUGAGGUAGAGUUGGCUUUUCUGUUCGAUGUGUUUUUCACUGGUAACGCAUUCCUUCAUUAUUAUCAAGCAAAAACUGCUAGUUUGUGGGCACUGGCUUCAUUCACUGGGAUAUGUUUCGUCGGGGUAGCAACAGCCAUUCCUGGGACAAGGACUAGCCGCCAUUGUGCUUCUGGUCCUGGUGGCUGCACCAACUUUUUGCACACCACAACUGCAGAUCUAGUUAUCACUUUUGUUAUUUUGGUGUCCCUGGCUCUUUUGCAAUUGUUGCAGUUGAUUCGGUGCUGGACAUCGAACUGGGCAAGACUUGCCGUUGUCUGUGCAUACACCAGGAAUGACAUGAGAAUGCGCAGGGGUAAAAAGCGAUACUGGCUGGUAUUGUGGAUGAGACUGAAAGUGUUUGUAGCUACCAGCACUAAAUGCUUCGACAAGUACCUCUGGCAAUGCAAGAUCGGCCAGUACCAGUAUUCAAUGCUACCGGAAGCGAGAUCUACUGCAAAAAAGGAAGUAGAAGGUAAAGCGAGGAAUAGGAGAGGGAAAUCCAUGGUUGACCAUCUCUAUCGGGGAUGUGUUGGCUUGGUUAAGGUGCUUGCAAUGGACUACAUCUGGGAGGUGCUCUGGGACUUGCUCGGCAGCGACAAUAACAAAAGAGCUUCCGCUAGGUUGGACGACGAUGUGAAGGCAUCCAUUAUUGAUUUCCUUGGUACCAUCAAAUCCGACAGAACCGAAGGGGAUUGGUUAUCCUUUGCUCAGGAUCAACGUAUCGAAGAAUUUCUUCCCUACACCCAUACCCCUCAAUUUGAACCGGAACCGCAUGGUUUCAGAUACACGAGAUGUGUAAUGGCAUGGUGCAUUGUGACAUGGUACUGUGAACUAGCAGAGCAGGAACAGGAAAGGAAGAAGAAUGCCUCAAGCAAGGCCGAGAAGGGCAUGGGCUGCAUGGGAACUGCUGCAGGUUGUUUCAAAAAGAAAGCAGCAGCAGCAGCAGGAGGAGGAGAAAGAGAGGAGAAUCGGAAACAUCGGUAUGUUGCCAAUGCUCUGUCCAAGUAUUGUGCCUACUUGGUGGUGUCAGCGCCGGAGCUACUCCCUGGGCCGGUCCCGGAUACGAGGAGGGCGUACGAUCACUUUGUGGAGGCAGCACGGGAAGCUCGGGAUAAGGAUGCACUUGUUAAGGCAAUGUUAGACCGUCAAUACUGGUCACGGCUACACAGUGGCAACAUCGUGAUCAAGGACAUUAACAAUCAUGCUAGUGUCGGUGGAGACCGUCCGCUCCUUGACUUGAUGCGUCGCUCGAACCCCUGGGAGACGCUGGCAGAUGUGUGGAUCCGGAUGUUAGUCUAUGCGGCACCAUAUGGCAAUGCCGAGGCACACAUGCGGCAACUCUCGCAGGGUGGCGAGUUCAUCACCCAUCUAUGGGCCUUGCUCUGCCACCUCAGCAUCCGUGAGUGGAAACUUCCAGGUAACCUGCACGACGUUACCGCCAUUGACCACGCCCAGAAGAUACUCACCGACUUUUUUCCGGAAAAAAAAAGAGCAUAUACUCACCGAGGAUAACCAUGCCGUCGUCGUCGCAUUCCUCGACUCCCUACACGGUUGUUACAGUGAUGAGCUUGCUGCCGCUGCAAAGAUGGAAGAACGUGUCAGCUUUUACCGGACUACAAAUCCUGAAAUUGCUAGGCUUUUCCACAUUGACACAGCAGCAAAACUCCCGUGCCUAAUACUGCUCACGAAAGAGGAAGAGCAGUUCACAUUAUAUGAUGGGGAGUUCAAGAGGUAUGCCAUUGCCAAUUUUGUGUCUGCGAACAAGCUUCCUCUGCUUCCCACACUCACACAGAACACUGUCUCAUCUCUUGAUGGUCAUCCGAUCAAGAAGCUGGCAUGUCACAUUGUCUACAACUACAAUUGGAUCUCUUUUAUGCAUUCUCUAAUACCUUUUCCUCUUCUUCUCCACAUAUAUACUUACCCACUUUAUUCAAAUCAGAUUAUACUGCUUGCUGUUGCAAACGAGUCUUCGAAAUUUCUGCCCAGCUUUAAGGAAGCGGCAAAAUCAUUCACGGGAAAGCUUUUAUUUUUCUUUCUGGAGAAAGACAGUGAAGAAUGUAAACAAGCUGCCAAAUUACUAUAUAUUCCUUGUACUGGAGAAGAGACUACGGUUCUUGCUUAUACUACAGAGGACAAAAGGGAAAUUCCACUUGAUAGUGAGGUGUCACUGGACACCAUUAAGAAAUUCGCUCAAGAUUUCUUGGAGGACAAGCUCGUUAUAUCUGGAACAGUACCUGAAUCUAUAUACCAUCCUAUGUAUCAUCCCGAUUUACCAAUGAAGACCACCAACAACCUAGCCAAGCUUCUUCGUGACAUCAACUCCCUUGUGAUAGCCAAAAUGAAUGGUGCUACUAACUGGCAUCCACGUGCCAAGUUACGACUCCUGGAAUUCUUCAAGAUCCUCUUUUACCCUGCAGGGAGGAAACGCUUUGAACCUAUCGCUUUCGAGGGCUCAUCGGCGGCUGAUGUGGUAGAAUAUUACAAGUUUAUCAAGAAGCAUGCUGGCAUCCCUUUCGAGCCGAUUAGUGCGUUGGAGCAAGUGGGCCCGGAUCACGGGGCCACGGAGACGGAGAUUGAGGAGCCCCCACGGCUUCCCUGAAACCUAUUCGCAACAUCCUGAUGUAAUGUUUUUUUUUUAAAUGUAAAGAAUGAAACAAGGAAAAUUCAUGUCGUCGACGAGGACAUGCUACCUGUUGCGUCGGCUGUAGCCUCAUCUGUUUCAAUGUUUCUACGCUUCACGCUUGUGAGAUGGACUCCAGUUUAUCUUCUA